AUGGCCGAGCCGGUUACCAUUCGUGGCAGGCGCGUCGCGUCCACGUCAUCUCGUCCUGACCACCGCGCCGCCUUCACUGAAGCCGGGCUGGCGUCGCUUUUCUCUACCUGCCCGCGGCUCGAUUCCCUGGAGCUGCACUGCCCGCCAAAUCUGACCGCUCUUCCUCCGUCAAUCUGCGGGUUGACUCGCUUGACGGCGUUAAAAAUCACCGCUCGGGGACUGAAACGCCUUCCUGACGGAUUCCGUCAACUCUCCGCUCUCGUCAGUCUAUCAAUCCACUCAGAAGCCCUGGAGAAGCUUCCAGCCGGCUUCGCGACGGAUAUCGACGGGACUGUAGAGACUUCUAUCCCACCAAAUGUUUCGAUCAUCUCAGAUGCGAAUGCAGCAGAUGCAUCGGAGAAUGCCGCUCGUCAGAAUAGCGACAUACUGCCUCAGGAGAAUAAUUCUUCGCUAGUUACUUCGCUCGCCUCUCUCUCCCUCUCGAACACCCCCUCUCCCGCACUACCCCUCCGCACGCUCUCCGCUCUCCGCCACCUCUCCCUCGACCGCUGCCGCGCUCUCCGCGCGCUCCCCGCAUCCCUCCCCGCCGCGCUCCCCCUUCUCGAAACCCUCGAGCUCCGCGAAUGCGCCUUGCUUUCCGCCGUCCCCUCCUGCCUCCCCGCGCGCCUCCCCCGUCUCCGCGCGCUCACUCUCGCCUAUCUCCCCUCCCUGCGCACCCCCCUGCCCGCGCUCCUCUCCGCAUCCCCCCUGCCUGCUCCCGGCGCAGCGGAGGAAGCAGAAAACGGUCAUCCCCUGGCAGUUUCGGAAGAGGAGAACGGGAGAGCUUCUAUCGAGCCAGUUUGUAAGGAGGAUGCGGAGGAGAGCAGGGCGGGACUGGCCCGGCUGGAGCUACUGGGAUGGAAGCAGAUGCAGGAGAUACCCGCGGAAGCCCUCACCGCUCUCUCCGCCUCCCUCACUCACAUCACCAUUUCCAACUGCCCCGCUCUCUCCUCUCUCCCGGGCGAGCUUUGCCAUCUGCCCCACCUCCGCUCCCUCACUCUCUCCUUCCUCCCACUCAUCACCUCCCUCCCUGCCUCCCUCCAUCUCCUCUCUCACUCGCUGCACCAUCUAGACAUCACCUCGUGUGACAUGCUGCAGAGUCUCCCCGCGUCUCUCACAGCCCUCUCCGCCCUGCGCUCCUUGAACGUCUCCGCCUGCGGCGCCCUCGCCCGCCUGCCGUCCCCGCCUGCGGCGCUGCCGUCCGUUCGUGCUGCGCGGGGGGGAGCAGCAGCAGCAGCAGCAGCAGCAGCAGCAGCAGCAGCAGCAGCAGCAGCAGCAGCAGCAGCAGCAGCAGCAGCAGCAGCAGCAGCAGCAGCAGCAGCAGCAGCAGCAGCAGCAGCAGCAGCAGCAGCAGCAGCAGCAGCAGCAGCAGCAGCAGCAGCAGCAGCAGCAGCAGCAGCAGCAGCAGCAGCAGCAGCAGCAGCAGCAGCAGCAGCAGCAGCAGCAGCAGCAGCAGCAGCAGCAGCAGCAGCAGCAGCAGCAGCAGCAGCAGCAGCAGCAGCAGCAGCAGCAGCAGCAGCAGCAGCAGCAGCAGCAGCAGCAGCAGCAGCGGCAGCGGAGGGAUCCUUGACACCAGCAGCACCACCUCCAACUCCCAGGCGCCCCUCCCCCUACUGCCAUCGCUCACCAGCCUGCGCGUCUCUCUCUGCGCGCGCCUCACCGCCCUCCCUCGCACCUGGAUGCACCUGCCGUCGCUGCAGGAGCUGCGCCUUCUCUCUCCUCCACUUGAAGCUGCGCGGCCUCUCUGAUCUCACCCUCCUCCCGUUUCACACCACUCCCAAUGCUGAUGUAACGGGUGUGGCUCUAACGCGUACAGAUGUGGUAGCUGGCGCUGCUGCUGCUGCUGCAGGAUCGGGCACACUUGAAGGGUCCGGUGGGAUGAUAGGAUUGGUGUCGCUUCACAUAGACUUGAAGCACAACACGCACAUCACACACCUCCCUCACUCACUCUUUUCCCUCCCCUCCCUCGCCACACUCACUUUCUCACACCUCUCGCGUGUCGCCUCCAUCCCCCACUCCCUUUCCCUCCUCGCUCCCUCCCUCACUCACUUGCACAUCAGCCACUGCCCCUUGCUGACCGCCCUCCCUUCCUCCCUCUGCCGUCUCUCCUCCCUGCAAUCCCUUGUCAUCGAAUCCUGUUCGUCCCUGACGUCCCUCUUGGAAGGAGGUGCAAUAGAGACAGGAGAAGAGGAGGGGGGGGGAGGGGGGUGGAGAGGCCGAGGCUGUGCGGCGGAGGGGGAAGGGGGAGGGGGGGCGGUUGCAGCAGCGGAGACUGCGCGGACUGCGCGGAGAAGCGGGGGAGUGAGCAGACGCGCAACGGAAACAAUCACCGCGAGUAAAGUUUCCGCCGAAGGGGAGACCGCGCGCGCAUUUGGCCCGCGGAGAAGCAGAGGCGGGGGGAGUGGGGGAGGCGGGAGCGGAAAAGGCGGAGAGGCGGAAAGCGGGAAAGCAAUCAGCGCAACCUCCCCCCUUUCCCCCAUUAUUGCGGUUGAUGAGUUUUUCUCCCUCCCCUCGCUCGCGCUCCCCCCCGCUCCCCCCGGACGCGCGCUUGAGUCCCUAGUGUUCAUGCUGGCGGAAGCGGGAAAGGCGGAGGACGAGGAGGAGUGGGGGGAAGAGGCGGAAGAUUGGGGGGAGAUCGAUUGGGGGAGAGAAGGGGAGUGGAACGCGGGAGGGGGAGGGCAAGCGCAGGGGCGCGGAAUCGAAGUUUUCUGGGCCUCAGACAUUAAAAUCGUGGGGGGAAUGGUGAAAUGUCACUUCCCGCCUCCUCUUCCGCCCCCUCUUCCCCCUCGCCCCCCACUUCCGCCUCUUCCGCCCCUCUCCCUCCCCCUCCCCCCCAUCUCGUCCUCUCGCACCUCCGCUCCGCCGCUCUUGGGCCCUGCGUGCUCCUCCCCGCCACCCCUGCUCCCCCUGGUCCGGGGGAAAGGGGGGAGGGGGGAGGCGGAGGGGAGGAAGGGGGGAACGCGGGGGCAGAGAGGGAGGCGCAAGGGUCGGGGGCAGCGCAGGUUCGGGUGGUGGCUGGGCGGUUCAGGGACUCCUUAUUUCUUCAAUCCCCACUGUCACUAUCGUCCCUCACUCCCACACAUCACUCCGCCCCUCGCUUACAACUUCCUCUCUCUGACACUUUCUCUCCUUCUUUUCCUUCCUGUCAUCUGCACUCUCUCUCCCUCUUUUCCUUCCUGUCAUUUGCACUCUCUCUCCCUCUUUUCCUUCGUGUCAUUUGCACUCCCUCUCCCUCUUUUCCUUCGUGUCAUUUGCACCCUCUCUCCCUCUUUUCCUUCGUGUCAUUUGCGCUCUUUCUCCCUCUUUUCCUUCGUGUCAUUUGCACUCUCUCUCCCUCUUUUCCUUCGUGUCAUCUGCACUCUCUUGCUCACCGAACUCUUGCCCUUCAAUCGAACGUCCCCUCCCCGCCAUCCCAACCUUCCUCAACCCCUUUCUAAACCCCUCAACUCCUAA